ACGAAAGCAUUUUAAUCACUGCUUCAGUGUUGCAUCGAAUAAAAAAAGGCAUGCAAUGGAGGCAAAUAGUGAGAAUAAGAAACAAAUCUUAGUGAAGCUUGAAAUAGAACCUGUGGAAGAGUUACGUGUGGAAAAGAAAUUGGAUAGUGUCUUAUUUCUACGGAAGGUGCAGUUCCUCGACGACAAGGAUAAUGAAAUACAUUCUACGGACGAUGGAAUUUUAUUCGAACCUACUGAUGAAGCGUGGUACAGUGAUCUGCUACCAAAGAAAAGUGGCAGAUUCCAAGCACAAAGAAAAUAUACAUUUUGUGACUUGUGCAACAAAUUUGUACGCACUAUAACCGAGCAUCGGCGAAUGCACUUGAAUAUACGAUCACAGCAAUGUCCUUAUUGCCAGAAGUCGUUUGUGCAUCGCUCAAAUUUCCUCAUGCACCUUAACAUUCACACCCGGGAACGGGUUUACAAAUGUACCGUGUGCAACAGUGAGUUUAAUAGUCCUCAAGGUUUGAAUCAACACCUCGAAACACACAUGGUCGCAAAACACGAGUGCCCUCAGUGUGGCCAUCGGUUCGGUCGCAAGUCAUACCUUCGCAUCCACCAGCAAAGAGUACAUGAGCCUAAAAUAAAGUACAAGUGCCUCGUUUGUGAUAAACAAUUUCCCAACGUCGAACAGAUGGAUAAACAUAUGAUAGUACACAACAAUCAAACUUUGUUUCCGUGCGAAGUCUGCCGACGACCUUAUAAAGCGAAAAAAAAUCUUCUCCGGCACAUGCGAAUGGCACAUCCAGAAUGUGAAAAUACCUAGUAGAAAAACAUACUUUUUAUACAUACGUUUUACGAGAAUUUGAGCUCAAUCAAUGAACUUUGUGCAGUAUGUUUUAUAUGAACUGAAAGCAAUUUGCUAAAUUAGGAAAUACAAUUGAAAUGAGAAUACAAUCUCUUGUUAUAUUUAAUGUAUAUUUAUUGACAUUUAGCACAGCACAUUCAGCCAAAAAUUAUGAAUGGACACGGUUCAUCACUAUUGUUAUAAAUGUAUCAAAAUUGUGUAGUAUACCCAAAUGCGUUCCAAAACUAAUAUGAAUCUAACUGCUACCACGACACACCAAUAGAAGCGCAACGAGAACUCUCCAUCUUAUAUUCUGUUUUUACAAGCCCAUUUCUGUGCUGUGAAGGGCUCUUUGUUCAUCAUGAUUAUUUAUUCAAUACUAAAGAUACUUCAAUAUUACUUCAAAACACAUUUGACUGAAUGCCCUAU